AUGGCCACCGUAGACACCGUCAAAGGGCGGUACUCGUCCUACAAGCUGCUCAACGAGGUCGGCCGCGGUGGCAGCGCACUCGUAUACCGUGCGCAAGACGUGGCCACACACAAGGAUGUUGCCGUGAAGCAGCUCUUCGGCAACCGGCCGCAGGACAUAGAGGACUGGCUACGCGAGGUGGACGCCCUUCACUCACUUAACAGCCAUCACUGCCCGCACGUGGUGAAGUACGUGGACCACAUGCAGCAACACGAUCGACUCUUCCUCGUGGAAGAGUUCACCGAGCACGGGUCGCUGCUGCGACGUCUGAAGAAGAAAGGCAGAUUUGCGGAGGACAUUGUUUGCCAAUACGUCUAUCAGGUGCUGACCGCCCUGUACCACAUGGCCCCGUGGGGCGUCGUACACGGCGACCUGAAGGCGUCCAACAUCCUUCUCUUCGAUGGGGAUGUUGUGAAGCUGAACGACUUUGCACUACGCUCGCGUGCCGAGGACGAGCACGAGGAUGCAGAGCGGCACAUCACUGCUUCCUCCACGUCGUCUGCCGAAGCAUCGUCCCUCACGAGGGGCAGCCGCGCUGGGAGAAGCACUAGUGAAGAGGGUGCUGGCAUCGCCCUCUCGGGGUUCCGUGGCUCCGCCUACUGGGCAGCGCCGGAGGUCCUCAGCGGCGCCUCUAAGGCAACGGCGGCGAGCGACAUCUGGUCGGUGGGCUGUCUCGUGGUGGAGCUGCUGACGGGCACCCCGCCGUACUUCGAACGCACCAUCCACAACGCCAUCUAUCACAUCCUCAAGGGCUAUUACGAGGUGGUCGGCGAAAGCGAGCCCGGCCGUUGCGGUGCUGGCGGCACCUCGCGCGCCGCGGCCCGCUCCGCGGCCCCAAGCGCCACAACGGGCCCUGGCGACGAUGACGGACCGCGCGGGCCGCGGAAGAAGAAGAACGGAGUGAAGGAUGCGAGUGGUGCGGGGUUACCAAAGGUGGAUGCUGCGUCCGCGAGGAAGACGACGGCCGCGACGAACACUCCCAGUCCGGCGAAGGAGGUGGCGGAUGCGGCCAGGACAGCGGCAUCUGGGGGCACUGCAAGUGCAGUAGACCGACAUGAAGUGGCCGCAUCUCUCUGUGAGGUGACACUUCUCCCACCGCUUCCCAAGGAUCUGCACGUCAGCAACGAGUGUAUGUCGUUUCUACGGAUGUGCUUCCGCCCCCGCGCGGCGGACCGGCCGUCGGCUGGAGAGCUGCUCCAUGAGCCGUGGUUCCUGAACUGCGCGGUGCCGCAGCUUCUGCGAGCGGCGCGGGAAGGUCGGCCUAUGAACGGAACCACAGGGGACGAGAUCAUCGCCGGCAGCAGCGGCAGCCGCUUUGGGGUGAUCGAGCAGUGGGUGGAACGCAACCUAGCUUGUGAUGACGAGAGUCGGUGCGAGGCGUGGCUGAACAGCGACGCGCUGCCGCUGCUGGUCCCGGUGUUGACCCCGCGUAUUAUGACACCCAAAUACAUUGGAGACGUAAUGGGGCGCUUUUCCCACUUUGCCGAGGGUGGUUCAUCCUUGGCGACGCUCUUUCUGAACCGGCUGGGGUCGACCGAUCUCUGGGGGGUGGAGGAGUUGACGUCGGCGUGCGACGCGGACCACCUCGCCACACUCUUCCGGCGGUGCUGUGCGACGCAAGAUGCACAGGUGUCCGUGUACACUCCGACAGACCCGCGUGCACUGCGCUUCGUCUUGGGCCUGGAGAAGGAAAAGGUCCUGGCAUGUGUGCGCGCGCUGCACUCGCGCCUCGUGCUGGAGCCGGCGGCUGUGGCGGUGACUACGACUGCGAGAUCGCCGACCGCCGUCACGGACGAUGCCGCAGUUGAUCUGAACGACCGCUCCCCCACCUCGUGUGGCCCCGCAGCGCCUGCGCAUGUGACUCCGGCUUGCGCGCCGGCAUCUCUUCAAGAACAGCACGAGGAACAACAGUAUGCCUGUGAACGGCUACUCAGCGACGGCGGCGCGGCGGUGCUGUGCCAGUGCGUCGAGGCACAGUGCAAGGCUGCCUUCUUGAGUAACACAGCGCCGAUGAUGGGGUGGGACACGAUUAACCUUUUGGUUGACGUGCUCUCCACCAUCGAGCCACUGGCGGGUGGGAAGAUGCUGCUGUGGGGGAUCAGGAGUGGCCACAGCUCCCUGAACGCCACUGGAGGCGCAGGUAGUGGUAGUGGAGCUUCGGUUGUUAGAUCACUGACGGUGGCGGCAACCCCACGCGGAGGACGAGGUGGCGAGAUGAACAGCACCUGGGACAAGUCAUCGCCAGCGACGGGUGCCCCAUCUUUGUCGUCACCGCUCUUGGUGAACCCACAGGGGUCAGUGUCGGCGGCAGGCAGUGGCGGCCAGCUGAACUCCCUAAGCAGCACCAUGGGCUUGGGGCACCGCACUGUCAGUGGGCUUUCACCAGAGCCAGUGGAGUGGAUCACCUCCGUGUCGUGGCUGCUCGCAGUGCAGGAAGCGGCGCGGCACCUGUGCGAGGCAGCGGUGCGCCUGCUUACCCGCUACAUUCCAGUCGCCAGAGAGUGCAGAGCCGAGCAUCUCGAGAAGGCUGGUGUCAGCCUAACGGCAACGCUGGUCCUCGUAGCCUCGAGCGAGGUGGUCAGCACCGAGGUGCGAUGCGCAGCCGUCGAAGCUCUGCCACAACUGCAGGCGAGCUCUCUCCGUGCGGCUCGGUACCUGCGCGACCCAGUGCGAUGUAUUGCCCUGCUGGCCCUCACCCUGAAGAGGUCUUACGGUGUCCCUGCCCUGACAUCGUGUCUGCUCACAGCCAUCACCACCAUGACGACCGAGAAGCAGAUGCUAGCGGCCUGCACCAGCUGCCCGUGGGUGUGGGAGGCACUAGUGUCCUUGUUGGGGGAGGUGGAAGCAGCCGACAAUACCGUUGCCGCCGAUUGCAACCGUAGCCAAUCGGUCUCCCACAGAGUCGCUAACACCAACGUUGGCCCGUCCGAGGAGGGUGACGCCCCGUCUGCUUUACCAGUAGUAUUGGCAAGCCCUACAGCAGUCAAAUCACCUAGCGCAAGCAGCAGCAGCAGCAACAGCAGCAGCGCUUCCGCUGCCUUUGCCGACAUUAUCGUUGUUCUCUUGCGUUGGUUCGCAGAGGUGACGCCGACAGCGCUGCUGAGCAGUGCAGCAGCAGCAGCGGCAGCGGCAUCGGGGGCAUUGCCUGCCCUCGGUCAUUCAGCCGCGCCCCCACCCCUCUCUGUGUUGCUUCAGUCACUUCGCCGUCAGCUCAUAGCGCUGUCGCAGAACAGUCUUGUCUGUCACGGUGAUCUCAUACCGAAUGUAGCAAAGGUGCUGCGGCAUUUGACUCCUCUCGAAGCCGCCGCCGUCGCCGCGUCAACGCCGACAGUGACGGUGGCAUGA